AUGAAAAGCAUAGCAAAAACAGAAGAAGAUUCUCCAAAGAAACCUAUUUGGGAAUCUUUAUUAGAGAGAGUAUCCUAAUUAAUUAAUUUAGGGAUCAUGUAAAAAGUAGGAAAUCAAAAACAAAAUUAAGGAAAAAAAAGUUAAAGAUGAAGAAUUAGAUCCUGAAUGCACUUUUAAACCUUCUUUAAUCAAUCAAACUUGUUCAAUAUAUAUAAUAUAUUUUAGAACUUUAAAUUAAUAAGCCUUUUUAUGAGAGGCAAUAAAAAUGGUUAGAUGACAGAAAUGUAAAGAUUAAUGAAAAAAGAGAGGGUGCCAAAGAUAAAUGUCUAGAGAACUGCUCAUUUCAACCACAAUUAGAACCAUAAUAAUAAAUACCUGAAGUAGACAUUAGAAACACUAAAGGAAUGGAUUCAUUCAUUUAAAGACAGGAUAAAGCAAGAAAAUUAAAAUAAGAAAAAAAUUUAUUAUUAAAUAAUCCAUAUUCUCAUUAAAGUUCAGAAAAGAAAGUAGUUUAAACAGUAAUUAUUGUAUUAAUACAAACUAGAACCAAUAAUAUUUUAGUAACAAUCACCCAAUUUCAAAGGAAUAUGAGUCUAUUAAGAAAGCAGAAAGAAUCGAAUUUUCAAAAGCUGUAGAGAUGUCACAAGAAAUCGAAACUUAAUCAUAAAUUUAAUAAUAACAAAAAAUGUAAUUAGGAAUGGCUAUGAAAAUGCUACACAACCAGUUAUAUAAUAUACAAUUUAAUAGUGAAUUUUGA